AUGGGAAAAAAGCUGAAAAAGAAAUUAAAGCUCAAAAGGCUAAAAAGCAAAAAGAAACAGGCAAAUGCGGUAUCAUCCGCCCCUCCACCGCCAUCGCCUCCGUGGCUAGAACUGCCUCAAGAGGUGACGGCGAAUAUCCUGCACCGGCUGGGGGCACACGAUAUACUGGAGAGCGCACAGAAAGUCUGUACUGCGUGGCGAAAUGUGUGCAAGGACUCUUCCAUGUGGCGUGUAAUUGACAUGAAAAACCUGGGUGAAUAUGAUGGCAUGUCGGGGUACCUGGCUACCAUGUGCCGUCACGCACUGGAUCGCAGCGAGGGCCAAUUGACUGACAUCGACAUCGACUAUUUCGCCACCGAUGAAUUGCUACUGUACAUCUCCGAACGAAGAUCCAUGGAAGGUGAAGGCUCAGAAAGAGAAAAAGGCAUAGCGCCGCCACCACCUGUUGCUGCCCUAGAAACGGCGUUAGGGGUCUCGAGGACUUCUACACAACCAUUGCUGCCUGCUUUGCCGCUGCAAGGAGUGGUGGUGGACGUGNGCGUUAAACGUGAGUUUUAA